CCGCAUGGAGGGCGGUGCGCGCUUCCCCCGCGGUGGAACCCGCGGCUCUGGAGCGCCGGCGUCCUCUGCCAGCACCCCUUCCUUGCCGGCCGGCACUUCCACUGCAGAGUUUUGCCCACGCUUCGAGACUUAGGGAGCAGUGCCUUUCAGAAUUUGCCCACUCGUCUGGUAUAACUGGUUCUGAUGGCUGGGAAUAAAGGAAGAGGACGUGCUGCUUAUACCUUUAAUAUUGAAGCUGUUGGAUUUAGCAAAGGUGAAAAGUUACCUGAUGCAGUGUUGAAACCACCCCCAUUAUUUCCUGAUACAGAUUAUAAACCAGUGCCACUGAAAACAGGAGAAGGUGAAGAAUAUAUGCUGGCUUUGAAACAGGAGUUGAGAGAAACAAUGAAAAGAAUGCCUUACUUUAUUGAAACACCUGAAGAAAGACAAGAUAUCGAAAGGUAUAGUAAAAGAUACAUGAAAGUGUACAAGGAAGAAUGGAUACCAGAUUGGAGAAGACUUCCAAGAGAGAUGAUGCCAAGGAAUAAAUGUAAAAAAGCAGGCCCCAAACCCAAAAAGGCAAAAGACGCAGGCAAAGGCACUUCACUCACUAAUACUGCAGAUGUUUUGAAAAAAAUUGAGGAGUUGGAAAAGAGAGGUGAUGGUGAAAAAUCAGAUGAGGAAAAUGAAGAGAAAGAAGGAAGCAAAGAGAAAAGUAAAGAAGGUGAGGAUGACGAAGACGAUGAUGCUGCAGAACAGGAGGAAUAUGAUGAAGAAGACCAAGAAGAGGAAAAUGACUACAUUCAUUCAUACUUUGAAGAUGGAGAUGACUUUGGAGCAGACAGUGAUGACAACAUGGAUGAAGCAACCUAUUAGGCAUGAAAUUUUUCAAAAAAUAUUUUUAUGCAGCUUCUGAACAUUUGGACAGACUUGUUUUGUAUUUUAUUUCUGAUAAGCUAUAAGUAUUUAUGUUUUUGUUUUUUUUGGACAAAUAUUUGUUACCAAAAUAUUCAAAACCACUUUGAGUUUACAUACUAGUUACCUUACCAAUUAGUCCCUGACACUCUGACAUUCCUUCUAAACACCUCUGCCAUCUCUCUUAUGUACUCUCGUGGAUUUUUUUCAUAUUUGAAUAUGAAUGUGCCUAAAGAAUUUAUGCUCUCUUAAUCUGUGUAUAGGUACUUGAAAUCAUUCUUGCUUAACUGCUGAUCUUUUAUAAAACUAUUGCUAGUCAUAACGAAUUUCUAUAACCUGAAAAUUGAGAUAACAGCACAUAGAGCACUUUAAAAACAAAGAAACUUGAAAAUAAUUUUAGUUUUUACUUUAACAUAGUAUGUUCUAGACUACUGCAUUCUGACUACAUAAACCUACCUGAGCUCUUACAAGUGCAGAAUUGUGAGAUAGAGGUUUUGUGAUGGAAAACAUACACACAGAGAAAAAUACCAAACUGAGCAAUAUCAAGUUCACAGCUCACGUCUUAGCCAGUGCAAAGAAACUUUCACAUGGGGUGAAUAUUAUAAAUACUUGAAUAUGGGACUCACUUGAUACUGUAUGAUAUAUAAAUUAUUCAUCCCACUGUAAUAACUUGGACAUCUUCAAAUAGUUGGGCUUAUGGAAAAACUUGACUAAGACAUUUUAUUUUAUCCUUUAUGUAAGUGUGAGAUAAGUUCUGGUAAUAUAAAUAUCACUGUAGAAUGCAUGUGUGUGAACUCUAUGAAGUAUGGUGACCUUUUAUGUUUCAGAAUACUCAAGUUGUACAUUUGAUUUAUAUGAAUGCAAAAUGAACUCAGGUCAUUUUGAAAUUAAGAUUAAUUUUUUUGUUUAACUUUAAAGCUAGCUCCCCCAACUUUAUAUAUUUUGGGGGGAAAAAUGCCUAAAAACCUUAGCCUACAAAGACUCUCACAAAUGCCAAAGAUUUUCAAGGAAAUUCAUAUUAUAUAUUUGAAAAAUGAUUUAUCAAUGUUAUCUACCAAAAGAAAUUAUUUUUCUCCUUUGGGAAGAUAUCAUUAACCUGAAAUGUGAGAAUAUGAUCCCUACAUCCUAUUUCUACCUGUACUAUUAAACUCAACCUUGAAACUGAGUGUGGUUGUUUAUGUGCCUUAGUUUCUCCACGUGUACACAAUUUCCUAUAAAAGUUGUUUAAAUACCAACCAAAAUUUACUAUAUGUAUUUAUUCUCUUUAAAGAUUACUUCUUAAUUUACAUUUGGUUCUCACCCUCUAAAAAUUUAUAGUUUGGGAAGUAACUGAAAACAAUUUUGAGAAACAUGUUUUCCUCACAAAAUAUAAUCUGAUUUUCCUAUCUUGUAUUCAUGCAGAAAAUUCGAGAAAAUGUGUAUUGUCUUGUGCUAUUUUGCAACAUGAGUUUCUCAGGAAAAAGAUCACUUUCAAUGGCAAUACUUUAUUAAAUAAUUCAAGAUGGGUGUGAGUACCUGUCUUAUUAGUUUAGUGCUGUAUUAACCAUUUGUGAAUUAUUUCUUGUUUAAAGGAAAUUGUAAAACCAAUUUAAGAUUCUAAAUGGAAUACAUGAAUAAAAUAAGCCUUAGAAUAGAAACCACACAUAAAGUUGUCAUUUGGGGUUGAUAAUUAACAUAGGUGUUUUAUUCUCUCACCACCUUAGUACCAGAACUAAAUACCAUUUAGUUCUCAGAAAUCUUAUCAAUAUUGUUCUGUUUACCUACUUAUUAUAAAUUUGCAGAUAACCACUUGAACCAGGCAAAUACACUGAAGGUCAUUUCUUUUUUUAGCUUUGAAUUUGUCAUGACAAUUUUAGUCUUGCAGAUAGCAGGGCAGCCCCUUGGGUCAUCAGCCAUCCCCUUUAAGAGCAUUCUUUUUACAAUGUUAAAGUUAAUUGUGAGAACAAGCAGAAUUUGCAGGUUGCUUUACCAGCAUGAAUCUCAUUUUCCUGGCUUAAAAUCUGAGACUGUGAAAUUAUUCCAUAGGAAAGUGAAUUUUAUUUUGCAGAGAUAGCCUCUUAGAUAAAAGUAGUUGUUGAAGUGUCUUUAAAAUUGCUAUCAUGAGCAAAACUGGUUGCUAUAAUGCUUAUUUUUCUGUAUUUGUUUACACAUUAAAUUCUUACAAAA